CUGCCAGAAUGAAAGCGCGUUCUUGAGGACAAGUUUGCGUGGACGCGCGUUUGAAAUACCGGCUUGAGCCGGUAUGAGCUGUCAAAAUGUGCAGGAAAGACUUAUCAUCUUAUUGUAAGAGAACCAGUUGGACAUUCAGCCAGGGAAGCGAUAUAUGACGUCAGAAAUGAGAGGUUGGAAUAUUAUUCGUAUUUGUAAUCAACCGGCUUUUCCCCUUCAGCCGACAGUAGAUCGCCUGAGCCUUAAUAUAUCAACUAAUCCUCGCGUUUAUUGUUGCGAGUAGCUUGGUUAGUGGUUUGCGGAAGCGGGUAAUAUUAGAUAGAAAUGCGGAUAAUAAAAAUGUGCGCAAAAUGAAAAUAGGUACAUUAGUCUAGAUUUCACAUCUGGAUCAUUUUUCAUCUUUUUUGUUGUUUUACUUUUUAUCGCUACUUUACAAAUUUACCGCUUGGUGGAGCCUCUGUUUAGUCAUGAGGGGGUCUGCCAAGUCCUCGUCCCCAGCCAUGAGGGGCCUCCUGGGGCCGUGCGUAUACUCGGCCGUGCCUGACGGAGGCUGGGGCUGGGCAGUGGCCCUGGCCUUCUUCCUGGUGGAGGUGUUCACCUACGGCACCAUCAAGAGCCUGGGGGUGUUCCUCCAGGACCUGAUGGAGGAGUUCCAGGAGAGCAACAGCAGAGUGUCCUGGGUCAUCUCCAUCUGUGUGUUUGUCCUGACCUUCACAGCGCCUCUCUCCACGGUUCUGAGUAACCGCUUCGGGUACCGCCCGGUGGUCAUGGCCGGCGGCUUUCUGAUUAGCCUGGGCACCAUCUCGUCUGCUUACACCUCCUCCAUCAACGAGAUGUACGUCACCAUUGGCCUCGUAUCAGGGCUUGGCUACUGCCUCACCUUCCUCCCCACCGUCACCCUCCUCGCCCAGUAUUUCUCUCGGCGGCGGUCGCUGGUCACCGCUGUGGCUUCCUCAGGGGAAUCCUUCGCCAUGUUUGCCUUCGCUCCAGCCUUCACUUCUCUGAAAGAAAAGAUCGGCUGGCGUCACUGCCUCAUCGUGAUCGGGGUCCUGCAGGCCUCUGUGAUUGGCUGUGGCGUCCUGCUCCGACCGAUCGUCAUCAAGCCGGCGAAGGGCGAUGAGGCGGAGGGCUCGCAGGCGGCGUACGAGCUGGAGCACGAGGAGACCCGCGCCUCCGUCAGCUCCGGGACCUCUGGCCGCUCCGGAGACUCUGGGGUCACCUCUCUCUCCACCACGACCUCUGACCUCCGGACAGUGGCCAUCGCAGAAGAGACGGCAGCCCUGAUGGAGCCGAAGGGCAAAGCCCAAGAGGACCAGGGCCGGGGCCCAUCGCUCGGCCCUCCUACCCAGGCGGAGGGGCCCGAGGCUGGAGUAAAAGAGCAGGCGAACCACCCGGAGUCCCGGUCGACGCCCAAACUGCUGGACUUCUCCGUGCUGAAGGACGGCGCCUUCAUCUGCUACUCCCUCUUCGGCCUGUUCGCCACGCUGGGCUUCUUUGCCCCUCAACUGUACGUCAUCGAGCUGAGCAAGAGCCGGGGCGUGGACCCCGACAUGGCGGCGUACAUGCUGUCCAUCAUGGCGGUGGCUGAGGUGUGCGGCCGCCUGUCCAUCGGGGUGGUGCUGGACAAGGCGCCCGUGAGGAAGACCAAGGUGCUGCUGGGAUGUGUAGUUCUGCUGGGCCUGGUGCUGGUGGCCUUCACCCUGGUGUGGGAGUUCUGGGGUCUGGCGCUGUGCUGCGGCCUGUAUGGGUUCUUCAUGGGCACCGUGGGCUCCACGCACAUCCCCAUGCUUGCGGAGGAGGACGUGGUGGGGAUCCAGAGGAUGCCUUCCUCGGUGGGGGUGUACGUGUUCAUCCAGAGCUUCGCUGGGCUGGCCGGUCCGCCACUAGGAGGCGUGUUGGUGGACGUCACUCAGAACUACGGCGCAGCGUUCUACUCGUGUGCGGCGGGCAUGGGCCUGGGAGCCCUCUUCCUGGCGCUGGUGGGGCCCGCUCACUCCGGCAUGUGCAGCCAGAGGAAGCGUCAGGCAGGGGGAAAGGGAUGUGACCCAGAGGAGGACAGGUCCCAGGAUAGUGGUUCGGCAGACUUCCUGGAAGUCGACCUCGCCGUGGAAGAGAGUCCGGCCAAAACGGCUCAGCCCGGCCAGGGACCCACAGACAACUGUCAGGAAGUUUAGAAAUCCGAACGAAAUAAAAGCUGGAAUUUACUCGAUAAACCACGGUGUACGACACCUGCAAACCAUCACACCCAAAGAAAUUGAUCUCAGCCUGAGUCCAGAGUCAAUGCUGCUCUCCCUGCAUGGUUUGGUAUGGGCUCGGUAUAAUCCUCUUAGUAUUGCACUGUUCUCACCCCAUCGCUGACACCAAAUCACUUUGUGAACAGGCCAAAUCCUUUCUUAAUCUCAGGUAAAGGAAUGAGAGGUCUAAUGUUUGUGGAGGUCUGAAUGUAUCUAAUUAUCGGUUGGGGUGAUGACUUGAUUUUGGGGGUUGUUUUAACUGUGAAGAAGGAUCAAACUGUUUAGGUAAUCUGUUUGGGACCCCUGCAUGUGCAGAACAAGUUUACCUACAUACAGGCCUGAGCGGCUUUUCCAACUGGAACACGCAUCACUGAACUUGAAUAGUCAGAUUUUCUUUUGAUUAAACAAAGCAUGUAGGCUACUGUAUGACUCCAAGUAGGCAGAUGAGCUUUACUUUUUACUUACGCCACUGUCUCUGUCCUGUACUGUACACAAGAGCAUUCUCAAUCGGCUUUUACACUUGAGUUGCAAUGAUCAGUAUUAUUAAAAUCACAAAUACAACAGCGUACUCAAUAACAUGUUAUUCUCAGCAGACAGAACUGGAUGAGGCUUAAAAAUGAUUUGAGAAUAAACUUGAAGAGCUUAAUAACAACCUGGGCUUUGAAUCCAUGUGACUUGAUAAAGUCAAUCAAUCUGUAAAGGAUACAUUAUUUGUUUUGUUCAAGGUAAAAGAGAAUAAGUACAGAAACAGAAUCUGGCUGGUUCUAGUGUUCAUUCCCAGACGUCAGCCUAAAAACCAGACAACCUCCUCUUACUCUCAACACUUGACCCUUGUUAUUUAUAGAUAAAUGAUAUUUAGCUACUUAAAUUUUUGUUAAUCUGUUUUAAUCAAUGUCUCACUACGGUCAAUGUCAAACUAUUUUUUAUGAAUUGUUUUACAUUCAAAGAUAUGCAAAUGCUGUAAAACUCACUGCUAUUUUUUAAAUUGUUAAUUAAAAACAGUUUAUGAGAGAGUGAACGUGUGCUCUCUGAUGGGAGAGUCUGUGGA